UUUUAUGUUGCCCAGUGUAAUACAUUUUCAUCCAUCGGGCAAAUCGUCAAAGAUUCCGAUGAUUAGCGUAAUAUGAAAAUUAAUUAUUGUAUUUUUAAAGCCAAAGAUCACUUUUAAAGUUUUAAAUGGCAUACAGCAUAGCAUAUUCAAAGGUGCAACACUUCAGUGUUGGAAAAAUGAUGAUUUUUAUCGCUCGAUGUUUACAUAGUUGUGAAAAAUCCCGGUUUACUAAAAGUAUACCAUCGCUCGUAAUAGAAAGUGAUAAGAAAGUAUCAAAAUAUACUAAUUUGCUUCAGAAUUUCGGUUUCAGUGAACGACAAAUUUCGCGGAUUUUUAAUUCCCCUCAUUCAGUUCUGACGCUGAAUGAAAACGAAUUGAAAUCAAAUUUAGUGAACUGGCAUUCAUUUGAAGUUAAUGACAAAUUUUUUACAAUGUUGACAGCAAAUCCAGAACUUAUGCUUUUAAAUCCAGAAUAUGUAAAUCUUCGGAAAAAAGAAUUAAUGACUGUCUUCACAAGAAAAGAUAUUGCAAAAUUAUUUGUUACUUGCCCAAAAGUUUUUUUGGAUGAUUUUCCUACUAUCCUUGAAAAAAUUCAAUAUAUUCUUCAUCAUAUGGGUGUUGAUCAAAAAAGUAUUGUCAAAUCCACUGCAUUGCAGUUUGAUUUAAGUCAUAUUAAAUAUCGGCAUACUUUUAUGCUUCGUGCUGGACGUUACAGAUUACAUAAGCGAGCAAAGAAGUUAAAAAAUCCACCUCUUCAUAAAAUAUUUAGCAGGAAUAUUACGACAUUUUUAAAACUGACUGGUUUGACUGAAGACGAAUACAGUGCAUUUUGUGAAUGUUAUGAUUUGGAAAAUAUUGAAAAUGAUGAAGAUGAAACCGAUGAUCUUGAAUAUGAAUCUGAUGAUCAAAGUGAAUAAUCUCAAUCUGUUCAAUAUAUUUAGUGCAUUUUUUCCCCUGUGUUUUUUAAAUUUAUGCAUAAAAUUGCAUUUUUCUUUAAAUUAAAAAUACAAGAAGGGUGCUUGAAAUGUUAUACUUACUAAACCGUCAUAUAAAGUUGAAUUCCUGUAACAUUUAAUGCUAUUUGUAAAUUAAAACUUUUAUUAGUACAAAAA